AUCCUUUCUGUUCCUGUCACUUUCAACAGACUCUUCAGCUUCUGAGUUGUUAUAGAGAGGACCCUAAAGUGCAUCAUGACUCACACCAACCUUACCAUCUUCCAUCCUGCAGUUUUUGUUCUACUGGGCAUCCCUGGGUGGGAGGCUUACCACAUUUGGCUAUCAAUACCCCUCUGCCUCAUGUAUAUCACUGCUGUCCUGGGGAACACCAUCCUGAUAGUGGUCAUCAUCACAGAACAUAAUCUUCAUGAGCCCAUGUACUUCUUCCUCUCUAUGCUGGCCAUCACAGACAUCCUGCUGUCUACCACUACUGUACCCAAAGCUCUAGCCAUCUUUUGGCUCCAUGCCCAUGACAUUGCCUUUGAUGCCUGUGUCACCCAAGUUUUCUUUGUCCAUAUGAUGUUUGUGGGGGAGUCAGCCAUCCUAUUAGCCAUGGCCUUUGACCGCUUUGUGGCCAUCUGUGCCCCCUUGCAUUAUACAACAGUGCUAACAUGGCGUGUUGUGGGAAGGAUUGUUCUGGCCAUUGUCACCCGAAGCUUCUGCAUCAUCUUCCCAGUGAUCUUCUUAUUGAAGCGGCUGCCCUUCUGCCAGACCAACAUCGUUCCCCAUUCCUACUGUGAGCAUAUUGGAGUGGCCCACUUGGCUUGUGCUGACAUCACCAUUAACAUCUGGUAUGGCUUCUCAGUGCCCAUUGUCAUGGUCAUCUUGCACAUGAUCCUCAUUGCUGUGUCUUACUCACUGAUCCUCCGAGCAGUGUUUCGUUUGCCCUCCCAAGAUGCCCGGCACAAGGCCCUCAGCACUUGCGGCUCCCACCUGUGUGUCCUCCUCAUGUUUUAUGUUCCAUCCUUCUUUACAGUAUUGACCCACCGCUUUGGACGUAACAUUCCUCGACAUGUCCAUAUCCUGCUGGCCAAUCUUUAUGUGGUGGUGCCACCGAUGCUCAACCCCAUCGUCUAUGGUGUGAAGACUAAGCAGAUCCGGGAGGGUGUAGCCCACCGGUUCUUUGACAUCAAGACUUGGUGCUGUGCUUCCCCUCUGGGCUAAUGGCUCCCCAUGAAUUUGCACUCCAAGCUUUA